AUGUCGUCUCCGGCUCCAGCUGCGGCUCCAGCGGCGGCUCCAGCGGCGGCCCCGGAUCAGCAGCAGCCAGCUUUUCGGGGUGUGUUCGGCUUCAUCGGCGGCGCGGUCGCCAAGGCGGUCUCCACCACAUUCAUCGUUUUGGUUGUGGCGGCUUUUGUUGCUCAGCACGUGCUGGACGCCAAGAAGACAAUUAUAGACGCCAAGACCCACUCGCCCGAAAUCGUUCAAGCUCGCAUGCUCGCUCGCUUCGAGGCCGGCUCCGUGAUCCCGCCCUUCGAGAAAUACCACGUCAAUCGUCCAGAGGCCGUUGCUAUGCUUCAAGGGGUGCUGCGCCCCGCGCUGUUGAAGGACUACACGGUCGUCAUUGGCGAAGUAGGCUGCGGCAAGACCACCGCCGUCCUCGACGCCAUCCGAGCCAACAGCACUGGCAUUGUCUACCACAUCGUCGGCGCUGAGCUCCCCGUUGAUGUGCCGAAACGACUGGCGGGGUCUCUCGCGUUCGCGUUCAACCGGUUCACCUUCACAGCAGGCUACUUCAAAGACCGUAGUGUUGAGAUGGAGCAAGUCACAUCGGCAGAAGAGCCGUUCAAGAGCUGGGCGAUACUCGAGCUCGGUCUUCGGGACGUCGCCGCACAGUUCAAGGCCAAGCAUGGUCACGUUGCCACGCUGGUCAUCGACGCUGUGGACGAGAUCGCCCAGCAGGGUCCAGCACUGUUGCAUGUGAUUCAAGAUUUUGCCAAGGCGGCUGCUGACAAGCAGCUGCUCAAUGUUGUUCUCGUCACCAGCGAUGGUUCGACUCUGCCUGAGCUCAAGGAAUCGUCAGCAAUGACUCGUGCUCGCGUUGUUGAAGUGGGUGAUCUCACCGACCAACAAGCUGUCACAUAUCUGGUGCGUCGUGACAUCCACGAGGAUUUGGCCAAGCGUGCGGUCGCUGAGAUUGCUGGUGGGCGUCUGAUUCUGCUCAACAAUCUAGCAGACGACCUUUUGUUCAAGACUGUGGAACAGAUCUUUCUGGAGUUCCACAUUGGCACUCGAGGUGCCCUGCGUCGACUUUUCGGCGACUUGGCGCAGAUAUCGCCUCCCGUGAGCAGCACCUUUUGUCGUCUCUGUCGAGGUGCUCAGCAUGUCGAUGAUGUGGAGGAGGCUCUUGGUCUCGACCUCACCAAAAAGCUCCUCGCCACCAACACCAACAUUCUCGCUUACCAUCCCGACGAGACCUACACCCUUCACUCGCGCCACGUUCAGCGCUCUGUGGCUGCCCUGCUGAACUGCACGAGACCGUAG